UCUAAACUUCCAUACAAUAUUUUUAGUUCUUUCAACACUUUCUGCGUUUCAUGUCUGCCACCAUCACUAAAGCCUUCUACCCUCUUUUAACUCUCUACCAAAAUGCAGGAAAGGUACCACUCUCUUUUUUGGGGUCUCCAAAUUUAAUCUCACAAUGUGAACCAUGGACUUCCAUCCUCUGCUUGUCUUUUUGCCUACGAUCAAAUUUUCAUACUUACAACGCUAUAGAGCAAAGGACUUUGAGGUCCUUUGCUAAGGGUGGAAGGCUUUCUUUACCCUUCUUCUAACAACAAUCCCAAUAAAGAGUUAAAAGCAAAGAGAACCAUAUUGAAGCAUAACUCAAAAGUUCACUUCAGAGAGAUCGUUUAUCUCAAAUGGGUACCCUUCAACUUCAUGUUUUCUAUUUGAUUCUACUGCUAACAAUAUCUUCCCAAGUCAUUUCCAAGCAGGGAGAAUGGAAAUCAGCUACUGCAACAUAUACCAAACAAGCAGAUGCAUCAAUCAUCACAGAAGGAGCUUGUGGUUAUGGGGAUCUUCAUAAGGCCAGCUAUGGGAAAUACAGUGCAGGACUUAGUACCAUGCUGUUCAACAAAGGGAGUACAUGUGGAGCUUGCUUUGAGGUCAGAUGUGUUGACCAUAUCUUAUGGUGUCUCCAAGGGAGUCCCUCAGUCAUCCUCACAGCUACAGAUUUUUGUCCACCAAAUUACGGGCUUUCUUCAGAUUAUGGUGGGUGGUGUAAUUUCCCCAAGGAACACUUUGAGAUGUCUGAGGCUGCAUUUGUUGAAAUUGCAGAAAAAACAGCAGAAAUUGUACCUGUUCAGUAUAAGAGGGUGAAGUGUGAAAGAAGGGGAGGGAUGAGAUUCAGCAUGAGUGGGAGUGCUCAUUUCUUUCAGGUCUUGAUUACCAAUGUGGGAUUGGAUGGUGAAGUUGUGGGAGUGAAAGUGAAGGGCUCCAAAACAGGGUGGAUGCCAAUGGCAAGGAAUUGGGGACAAAACUGGCACUCCAACAUUAAUCUUGUGGGACAGCCACUUUCUUUUGAGGUAACAGCGAGUACCGGAAGGACGGUUGCAUCUUACAGUGUUGCACCAGCGAAUUGGCAGUUCGGUCAGACGUUUGAAGGGAAACAGUUCAAGUAAGGGAACUUUUUUUUUUUAGAGAUUUUUAUGUGUUGAAAGAUGGUAGAGAACCAUUGGUGUUGAUAAUUUACAGUUCUAUCUGUAAUGAAGAGGUGUACAAGUGUAAACCAGGAGUUAGUAGGAGAUGAUUGAGAACAUCUCCAGUCAUGCCAUGAAAUAAGCAUGAUAGUCAAAAGAGGAGAAAAAAGUGGCUACAAAACAGAAAAAAGAAAGUAAAAGAAACAUGAACUGAAGGUCCAAAUUGUGCCUUGUGUUUCCUAUUUUUAAAAUUAAUAUUUUUGAAAGGUCAUACUUCCCUACUCAUAUCUCAAUAGUUGGAAUGCAAAAUUAUGUUGUGCAUCUGUUGCUAUAAA